CACAUUUCACAAGUUUCCAUUCAAUUCGUUAUUCUCAAAAAAGCUGUAAAAAUAAAAGAAAGAGAAAGAUCCGUCCUUUUACUACCGCUUUUUAUGUCUUUACGACCACCUCAAACUUUCACCCACUCACUCUUCCCUCAGUUAUGGCCUCUGCCUUCUCUCUUUUCUCACUACACUAUUCUCCCUUUCUCUCCUCGCCAGUAUUUCUUCAUUUUCAGAUCCGACAUUACAACACUUUCCUAAUUCGUUCAACAACAUUCUUAUUAACUUAUGGGUUAUUUUUCAUGCAAUGCAGAAUCUGCAAUCGCCACCUGCGAUUCUUACAACUUACCAAAAAGGAAUCGCAAAAAUAAACCCUUUAAAAUCAGAGAAUUUUCUUACUCUGAGCUUCAGUCAGCUACCAAUGCAUUCUCUCAAGACAAUCUUCUUGGCAAAGGCAGCCAUGGAUAUGUCUACAAAGCUCAUCUUCAUCAAAAUAAACUCAAUACCGUAGCCGUUAAAAAAACCAAACAAACUGAACCACGUAACAGUUCUGCCAAUUCCCCAGCUGAAAAUGAGAUCGAAAUUCUUUCCCGAGUUCACCACCCUAGGCUCGUUAACUUACUGGGUUACGCAGUGGACAACAACCAGAAUAAAUUAAUCGUCGUUGAGUUUAUGCCUAAUGGGUCUUUAUAUGAACUGCUUCAUUCUUCUUCUAAACCUCCUAAUUGGGCCCGAAGAGUCCGUUUUGCUCUGCAAAUUGCAAAGGGAGUUCAUUUUUUGCAUUGUUCGAACCCGCCGGUGAUUCACAGAGAUAUAAAAUCGUCGAAUAUUUUAAUCGAUGGGAAUUUUAGUGCUCGGCUUGGUGAUUUUGGAUUGUCUUUGAGAGGACACGUGGAAGAUGUUAUAGUAAAAAGUACGCCGCCGGCCGGUACGUUAGGGUAUUUGGAUCCUGCUUAUCUUGCACCGGGCGAUCUCAGUACAAAGUCCGAUGUUUUUAGCUUUGGGAUUUUGCUGCUGGAGAUUAUCAGCGGUCGGAAUGCAAUUGAUGUUAAUUACAGUCCGCCGUCAGUGGUGGAUUGGGCGGUGCCGCUGAUUAAAUCCGGCGAAUAUGCAGAGAUUUGUGACCCGAGAAUCGGUUGGCCGGAGGACGAUGGUGUUUUACGGCAGCUGGCGGUGGUGGCGGCGCGUUGUGUUAGAAAGACGGCGGCAAAACGGCCAGCGAUGGCGGAAGUAGUGGAGUGGUUGAAAAUGGUGCAUAAACGGAUGAGCUCGCCGAUAUGGAAUAACAUUGGGCGGCGCGUAGGGCGCGUGAGAGAGUCGACGCGCGUGGUUAAAUACGAACCCCUGGAUGAUAGUAUGGAAAUUGUCAAGAUCUCGAGAGUCGGAAGUAGAAGAAACAGGAAAGUAUCCAAUGUGACGAGCGUAGAAUUAAGAAGUGUUGUGAUUGGUGGAAAUAGAAAGCAAGAAAUCCAACCAGUUAUUAGGUCAAAAUCUAUUGGUUCUCUUGAUGAGAUUGAAUCUGAACCGUUAGAUCUGGCCAACACCAGGAGGAAAGGAGGAUUGGCUGUGAACAUGCCUACAGUAAGGUUGAGUAAGUCAAGAUCAAUGGGCAUGAUACAAAGUAGUACAAGGUUAAUGAACAAGAACAAUAUUAGUAAUGGGGUUGUGGUUAAGUUUGUAAAGAAACCUAAUGGAAAAGAAUUAGAGGAGUCUAAAUUGCUAGUUAAUGUAGGAAAAGAAUCCCCAAGGGGAGAGAAUUGAUUUGCAUUAUAAAAUUUUUGCUGCUUGUGUUAUUCAUUUCCUUCUAUUUUUUUAAUUUGUACUUUUUUCUAAACAUUAAGAUUUUCUUGUGUCU